AUGGAGGCCAACGCCACGUCCACCGCCGGGCUCACAGCCACAGCCGAGCGACCGCUCCGACUCGUCUUUGCGGGGGUCUGUGGCCUCAUCCUGCUGGUGGGGUUGCUGGCCAACGGGCUGAUGCUGCUGGUGGUGGGCCGGGGCCCGGGUGCGCGCCGCCCGCUCCUCUCCUUGACCAACAGCCUCAUGGUGAACGUCACGCUGUCCGACCUGCUCUUCCUGGCCUGCGUGGUGCCGGCGCUCCUGCUGAGCUUCCUGCGGCUGGACUGGUGGCUGGGCCCCACCGUCUGCACCACCAGCCAGGCCGCCAACAGCGCCACCAUGUUCUGCACCUUCUACAGCAUGGUGGCCACGGCGCUCCUCCGCCACGUGGCCGUGGCCCGGCCCGACCUGGCCCUCCCGUCCGGCCCGGGCGCCCGCGGGCUGCUCUGUGGGGCCAUGUGGGCCCUGGGCCUCACGGCCUCGCUGCCUACCUGGCUGUUCCAGCGAGCGGUCGUGGAGGAGGGGGCCUGGGCCUGCCUCUUGCUUCUGAACCCUGCCCAGACCUCCUGCUACUUCACGCUGCUGGGAGCCCUGGCCUUCCUGCCUUGCGUGCUGGGGCUGGGCUGCUCUUUCGGCCACAUGGGCUGGCUCCUGUGGACGCAGCCCCGGGGCCCUGAGGGGGAGAGCGCCCGGGAGCACCAGGAGAACACCAGGCUCAUCCUUGUAGUGCUCGUGGUCUUCAUGCUGAUGUGGGGGCCCUGCUCCGUGCUGGGCUACGUGGCGGCUGUGGGGGACCUGCCUGCCACGCCCGUGGCUUACACGGCCUCCAGUCUCUGCACUCUCCUGGCCUACUCCAGUUGUGCCGUCAGCCCCAUCCUCUGCUUCUACCUCUCUCGCCCCUUCCGGGCCAGGCUCAGGGACCUCUUUCGCAGGCCACUGGCAGCCAGGCAUCCCAGGGCUGCGGGCGGGGCUGGGGUGGUGAUGGAGAGCGUCCAGCCUGGAUGUGACGGGGCCCCGGGAAGCCUCUGGGGCCUGGUGGGGGUCUGA